AAGAGAAGCGACUGUGAUGUUUGCUCUGGCAGAAUUACAGAAACCAACUAAUUAUGGAAGAGGAACAAAUACAUUGAUUCCGGAAAGCAGGACAGAUGUGGUUUCUGAGACAUUUCGAAGUCCAAGAAUUAUUCCAACGGAAUGUCACCACAGCCGCAGCCACAUUCUGAUUCCUGAACAUGGUCGUCGGUGUUUCCAGCCUAUAUUCCCGAAUUCCUUUCUUCUCUUGAUGUAGUCGUGGCCUUUCGAGGUCUCAAGAGGCAGUAUGUUUUUAUUGCAAGUGAAACAGAUAAGCACUCGAAUCCGGCGUAGUGUUUGUGUGUCGGCAAUAUCCUGGCUUCUCUUAGAAAUGGGGUAUGAUAAUCUUCCCAUGCGUGUCAGGCUUUCAUCCGGGAACACGUCUUGUGAGUGAUCCCUCGAUGACAUGCUACACUUGGCAGGUGGCUCUACGUUUUUAAAUUUGUGGUUAUAAUAAUGUGGCUGUGGCCCCCAUAGCUGACCUUCCAAGUCCCCGAUGUCAGCUAUUACGGUCGCCUUACGGUCGACGCGACAGAUAGGUCGGUAAUCAUUCGAAGAAUACUCCACGAGACAACGAUCGCGACGCUGAUGUAGAACAGACGACAGUUGCCUCAUCGCGAAUACUAGCUGCCCAGUUGCGCGAUUACCGCAGUAAUGAAUGCGCAAGGAGACGAUCGUCAUCUCUUUUUCCAAAUUAAAUCACUCUGUGGGCGUUUAUUCAAGUCCAAUAGGGUAGUCUGUUGCUGAAUGGGGAUCUCAAGGGCGUUGAUCGUCUCGUAUCGAGGUCUUUCCAUUUUCAUGUGAACCUAUAUUGGCAGUGAGAUUGAGCUCUAGAACGAGAGGCACCGACAUGUUCAUCCCGUGAUUCAGAAUAUUUUUAGAGUCAUCAAUGUUACCAGGGUUGCUAGGAUCCUGAUACGACACGAAUCCAUGGAAUCACAUGGAUUAGUCUUUACUAGGUGCUUGUGCGUCUGUUAUUAGGAAGUACUCUGAGUUGGGUGGCAAUUAUUUCAGAUAGUAAAGCUCUUCGCUGGGUUCGAAGAGGACGACUCUUUUCUUUUGGUUACGAUUGUCCCACAGUUUGAAGUUAUCUACCGAUUGGUGUGUCCCGGAUGCUGCAAGGGAUCCUUGCAAAGAUUCUUGGAUGGGUCGGGGAUUUUGCAUCAGGAGUAACUCAUGCCCUAGAUUUUUCGAGAAAAGCUUGCAAUACUGGGAUUUGAAGCAACGUUACGUACUGUUAGCGAAGGAUCUUUAUGGAAGAUCACUUGGGUGAAGCAAGCAUCAAGAUGGCAGUGCACAACGCGCAGCGCAAGCAGAAGAAGAGAGAAGUGUGCGAGAGCAUCCUGUCGCAGCUGCAGGACAGCGGAAACGAUGCUGCUUCAAUUCCUGGAUUCGCCGACGAGCUCCAAGCGCACUUUAACAGGCUUCCCACCCGAUAUGCAUUGGAUGUGCACAUCGACAGGACGGAGGAUGUUCUCACUCACAAGCGACUUCUGGAGGAGGCCAAGGUUGUCAGAAAUGUUGCCGCGUUCCAUGUUCGUUCAGUCGAGAUCUUUCCUUCUGAACCUCCGGAUAACUCAAUUUCUCAAACGGCUCCGAACCAGGCUGUUAACGAUCAGAGAUUGCAACCUCCGGCCUCAGAAUUCAAUAGUCCUACGUCAGCAUUAAUUGAUAAAGACAAGGAUGACAAUAGCCAUCAUUCUCAAAGUUCGACACACUUGACAAACGUGCCAAGGCAUGAAGUCACCAUCUCAUGCAUUGAUAGACCCAAACUUCUCAGUCAGUUGUCAGCGUUGCUCGCAGAUGUUGGGUUGAACAUUCGUGAGGCACACGUCUUCUCUACCACGGACGGCUAUUCUCUUGAUGUUUUUGUAGUAGAUGGUUGGCCGUCAGAGGGUAUUGAAGAUCUGAAACGGGCUUUACGUCAGGCUCUCUCAAUUUUGGAGCCUGCUGCACUGACUAGCCCGAAGCCAGUUCCUGAACAUGUGCCUCGUCAAAACCUUCCGAAGUGUGAGUUGAAGCCAGAAGCGGUUCCGUUAUUCAGUGGCACAGAUGAUUGGGAAAUUGAUAGUAGCCAGUUGAAGUUCAUUCGAAAGGUGUCAACUGGGUCCUCUGGAGACCUAUACCAAGGUAGUUAUUGUGGACAGGAUGUAGCGGUCAAAGUUCUUUAUCCAGAGAGGAUGAACGAAAGCAUGAAACUAGAGUUUCAACAAGAAGUGUUUAUCAUGCGGAAGGUCAGGCACAAGAACAUAGUGCAAUUCAUUGGCGCUUGCACAAAACCUCCCAAUCUAUGCAUCGUCACAGAGUACAUGUCAGGUGGAAGUGUUUACGACUAUUUGCACCAGCAGAAGGCAGUUCUGAGGAUACCAAUGCUACUGCGAGUGGCUAUUGAUGUCUCCAAGGCCAUGAACUACCUACAUCAAAAUAAAAUCAUACAUCGUGAUCUAAAAGCAGCAAACCUCCUCAUGGACGAGAACGAGGUGGUGAAGGUGGCCGAUUUUGGUGUAGCCAGAGUGCAAGCCCAGUCGGGCAUCAUGACAGCAGAGACCGGCACGUAUCGGUGGAUGGCUCCUGAGGUUAUCGAGCACAAGCCGUAUGAUUGCAAGGCAGAUGUUUUCAGCUUCGGCAUAGUGCUUUGGGAGCUACUAACAGGACAGCACUCAACUCUCAGUACCUGGAGUCUGGUCCAGGUUCCUUAUGCAGAUCUUACUCCUCUUCAAGCUGCAGUUGGCGUUGUUCAGAAGGGUUUGAGGCCAACCGUCCCUGAGAAAACCAAUCCGAAACUGAGUGAGUUGCUUCAUAGUAGUUGGAAAACAGACCCAGCUGAACGGCCUAGUUUCUCAGAAAUAACGGGUCAGCUUGAGGAAAUUUUGAAACAGGUGAAUGAAGAUGUUGCAGGAGAUGCAGCCACCAGACGUAAGGACAAAAAGAUGGCAGGUUCAUUUUCAACAUGGAAGCACUCACCAACUCAAUAAGUCAAGAACAAUCAACUGAGGUUCAUUUUAACGGUCCAGCGUACCCACUAGCAGAGAAAAAAACUCAUGGCGUGUAAACAAGCCAGAACAAGUGAUCUCUUUUGCAACUAUAACUUGUGGUCUCGAACAAGUGCUCUAAAACAAAUGUGGAAGGAUCUACUCAGGUAGUAUGGGAUGGCGUAUUAGUGUCAACUAACCACGUUAGGCUCUCUCAGCACUUUCAACAGAGAAUACAAAAUUUGUCAUAAUAGUUUCAACUAAGUUCGAAAAUUCUUUUAAAGACCGUCUGCAGAACCGCAUAAUACACUCUUGGGAAUAACACGUGCGAUUGCCUUGUAUGUGA